CAUAAACACUCCUAGUUGUUGCGAAAUACGAUCUCCCAUUGUUGUCGCGUCACGUCGUCGCAAUGUACCGUCUGGCGGUCUUCCUGCUGGUGAGCAUACAAGAUACAACAACACAAAAUACCGAGACUUUCCGUUAUCCAGAAACUGGGCCAUUGUUCUACCGCAGAUCGACACCAUAUCAAUGUACAAUAUGUGACGCCUACGACUGCCUUAAAAUGGACGACGCGAAAUGCGAAUACAACAGAGCGAUCAAAAGAAUGCUUCAAGUUGAGUGUCAAGAUAAAGUGGUCACCAAUCCUGCGAUGAAAGCUGAAGUAGACGAGUUGCUAUUUGAUUUAACCAUAAAAGAAUCUCGCGCGACCCGUCAAUGUGUACCGGACAUAUCGAGCUACACGAAUUGCAACAAACAUAAUCUGUGUCUCGGCUGCACGCGGUGCUCUUGCUCUGCUGCAGGCAACUGGGAGUGCAGGAGAUGGCAGCAGUGCCGGCAACAGACUCCUCUGGAUGUAGACCAUCAUCUGCUGGUCGAACUCAUGGAAUACAUUGACGACUCCACGAGAUAUAUCAGAGCUAAAAGAAAACGUUCAAUACAUACAAAUGUAUUACAGAAGUUAACUGAGAAGGAAGAAAAUUUUACAUCGCAAGAAAUAUCUUCAAUAAUAAACGGAUUUAACAACACCAACGUCAAAGAAGCUGAGAGUAAUAAUGAUUUGAAUACAGCUGAUGUUGAGAGGGAUGACGUCACCGAUUUUUUUGAAUUAAUGAACGCCACUGAAAAAAAUGAAUCCCUUGACCAAACAGAUUUGGACUUCGAUGAAUUGUUCCCGGAGUAUUAUAACUUGAGUAUUAAAGAUGCAGCUAAACUGCUUCUGCCAAUGCUGAAGAAUCAUUCUGAAGAUUUAUUGGACGCAGAUUAUAUCGACAUCCCUGAAGAGAACGUAACAAAAAUGGAUAAAGGAAACAUUGAAAAGAUUUUAGAUUUUAAUUUAGACUCAAAUCCGAAAGGAACUCCGGCAACGCGUGAAGUUUACGAUCUAUUGGAAAGUCAAUCGGUGCGUGUUGUAAAAAGACAAAUUAAUAAUAUAACCAAAAGUUUACGCAAUAAAGUAUUAUUAGAUAAUUCUAAACGAUCAAUACAGGAUCUUACAGAUAAUGUGUUGCAUCCACUUUUAAAAUUUAUUGACACAAAACGCAAGGAACUAACAGAAUUAGAGAACAUGAGAGAAUAUUUGCAGGACUAUAUAAGAAUGUACAUAAGAAAUGAAACGUUUUUAAAAAUAAAUAAGACUCUAUUAGAAAAUUUAACAAAGACUUAUGUAGCUUUUUACAAAAUGGAAAUUUUACCGGAAAUUCAAAAGACUUCAAUUCAAAGUAAACUAUUAACUUUAGACGAUUACGAAAGUAAAUUAGAAAAAGACAUUUACGAAGUAAUCAAUGACAUUGUUGGUAUACAAGAGCACACAAAUUAUAAAGAUCUACCUGAAAACUUAAACAUAUUAAUUCAAGCUAUGAAAUAUUAUAUUCAUAAACAAGGUAAAGUGCAUGUCAUGAAAGAGUUUCAGAAAAUCAAUGAGAAUAAUAUGAACAUGUACAAGAAAUUUAUCGAAGAAAAUUCCAAUGAAUUUGCCGUGUCUACUGCUCCUAGUGUAAUAAAACAAAUACUGAUAGUAAUAGACAAAGAAAUGCCACGAUCUAAUGCUUUAGCACCUUUGUCUAGAGGAGCUAAGAGAAUAUUAAAUCGUAUUGUAAAUUACGAUUUUACUGAAAAGUACAAUUUUAAAAAUCAUAGCAUACUUAAGCCUCAGUACAAUAUGGCAAAUGAAUUAAAAGAUGUUGGCAUCAAAUGGUAUAAGAUGACGAGAGGCAUUGCGUCCUGUCAAUUAUCAGAUCGACUCUAUAGCAUGAAGUUGCUGCAUUUAGAAAUAUCUAAAGACAUCGCCAAAAUUAAUGAUGCUUUGACUUUUAUAGAAAAUUUAAAGACAAGACGGUUUAUGUCAUUCGAUAAAGACACUAGCGAACGGUACGCCUCAAGAAUCGGCGAAGACAUUAAAAUCGUAUACGUUAAAAUUCAAGAUAUUUUAAAACAACAAAACGAGAACAAUUUUAGAAAGUCUGUCCCAAUGACUGUAACAACACGAAAACCUAAAUCGAAAAAGAAAUCAUUCUUACAACAAGUGAAAAAGAUACUGAAAGAAUCGAAGAAAGAAUUCAGUACGAUUUUUAAAAAUAAUGUCAAAGAUGAUGCAAACCAAAUGCAAAAUGUUAAAUGGCAAAAGGACGCAAAAGACAAUUUAAACAGAAUUAAAAGAUCGAAUACUGCAUUCAACAAAGCAUUAAGACGUAUGAAAAAUAUAAUACCUGAUUAUUUAAAAAGAAAAUUUAACGGGGCUAAAAACUUUAAAGCUGUGAAGUAG